AUGGUCAUUCCUAAUUUUUUUUAUACAAGGACAUUCCCUCCUGCCCUCCGCGAGGCGCCCCCUGCCCUCCGCGAGGCGCCCCCUGCCCUCCGCGAGGCGCCCCCUGCCCUCCGCGAGGCGCCCCCUGCCCUCCGCGAGGCGCCCCCUGCCCUCCGCGAGGCGCCCCCUGCCCUCCGCGAGGCGCCCCCUGCCCUCCGCGAGGCGCCCCCUGCCCUCCGCGAGGCGCCCCCUGCCCUCCGCGAGGCGCCCCCUGCCCUCCGCGAGGCGCCCCCUGCCCUCCGCGAGGCGCCCCCUGCCCUCCGCGAGGCGCCCCCUGCCCUCCGCGAGGCGCCCCCUGCCCUCCGCGAGGCGCCCCCUGCCCUCCGCGAGGCGCCCCCUGCCCUCCGCGAGGCGCCCCCUGCCCUCCGCGAGGCGCCCCCUGCCCUCCGCGAGGCGCCCCCUGCCCUCCGCGAGGCGCCCCCUGCCCUCCGCGAGGCGCCCCCUGCCCUCCGCGAGGCGCCCCCUGCCCACCGCGAGGCGCCCCCUGCCCUCCGCGAGGCGCCCCCUGCCCUCCGCGAGGCGCCCCCUGCCCUCCGCGAGGCGCCCCCUGCCCUCCGCGAGGCGGCCCCCCCAGGAUUAACGACUGUCAGUAAACAAGUAUAG